CUUCUCCUCCCAAUUCGGUUUGCGAUUGGUCUUUGUUGCGGGGAUCGAUGACGGUGGCGGCUUCACGGAGCCUCAUUCUUCUCCACCCUAUCUCCAUUCCCUCCUCCUCCGCCGCCGUGCUCCGGCUCCCCAGGAUCGCCACCGUCCGCCGCACGCUCUCCUCCUGCUCCUGCUCCACCUCCUCCUCCUCCGCCGAUCGGUCCGCAUCGCCGUUCGCCUCCAUGGACGCGCCGCCGCAGGGCUACCGCACCAACGUCGGCAUCUGCCUCGCCGAUCCCUCCCUCACCAAGAUCUUCUCCGCGUCCAGGAUCGACAUCCCCAGCGCGUGGCAGAUGCCUCAGGGCGGUAUAGAUGAAGGCGAAGAGCCGCGAGCAGCUGCCAUCAGGGAACUGAGGGAAGAGACCGGUGUUAGGUCCGCGGAGAUCGUGGCAGAGGCCCCCCAUUGGGUGACAUAUGAUUUUCCACCGGAUGUGAGAGACAGGCUGAAUGCUAGGUGGGGAACCAACUGGAAGGGCCAGGCUCAGAAAUGGUUUCUAUUUAGACUUACUGGGAAUGAUGAUGAGAUUAACCUCAUGGGUGAUGGAUCUGAGAAGCCUGAGUUUUCUGAGUGGACGUGGAUGACACCUGAGCAAGUUAUUGAGAAGGCUGUUGAAUUCAAGAAACCGGUGUAUGAGGAAACACUGAAGCACUUUGCCCCAUAUCUACAGUCAGAUCCAACAGCUUCAUCAUAGAUUUCUGCAGUUUCCACAAUUUUAUAUGUAGAGCUGUUUCCUCAAUAAUUUCUCAAAAUGUACGAGAGCUGUGUGAGUAUUUAGAAUGCCUGGCAUUUCGCCACUAAUUAUUAUCCUGGCAUUGGAUCCCCAUCGUUGGAUCACACUCCCAAAUCCGCAACGAGAUGUGUACGUUUUUACAAUAUUAGUAUGCCCCACAGUUUCCUCCCACAGUUUA